AGGGAAGGAGGAGCAGGGCUGAAGAACAAAAUGGUCAAAGUAUCUAUCUCGGGUUUUACAGAAGAAGAAGGAAGAGGUGUGAGCAAGUGCUGGAACACAAGAGGAGGAGGAGCAGGAAGAGGAAGCAGCACAAGGUUCCACCCUCCCUGUGUGUGCAGUCCCAGGAGUGUUUCCCUGCCCACAGUCAGCAGGGGCUGAAUCUUUCUAUUCUGGAGGGGGUUUUGCCUGAAUUUCGUGUUUGGGAAUUUUCAUACCGUGUCUAAAUGGAAGAGGAGGAGGAAAAGCCCCAGAGAUCCCGCAUAAGGAGGGUCUGCAAACACAGCCCAGGGAGCUGCGAGGAGGAAAGAUCCCCCCAGUGCCAGGAACACGGCCAGAGAUCCAGCCGGAGCUCAGAGCUGGGGGAGAAGCCCCACAAGUGCUUGGAAUGUGGGAAGGGCUUCAGGGGCUUCAGAAAGAGCUCCCACCUGAUCCAGCACCAGAGGAUCCACACUGGGGAAAAGCCCUACGGGUGUGGGGAAUGUGGGAAGAGCUUCAGCCAGAGCUCCCACCUGAUCCGGCACCAGGUGAUCCACACUGGGGAACGACCCUAUGAGUGUGGGAAAUGUGGGAAGAGCUUCAGAGAGAUCUCUAACCUGAUGAGACACCAGGUGAUCCACACAGGGGAACGGCCCUACACCUGCUUGGAAUGUGGGAAGAGCUUUGGGUGGAGCUCCUACCUGAGGGCACACCAGCUCAUCCACACUGGGGAGAGGCCCUACGAGUGUCCCCAGUGUGGGAAGAGGUUUCGGACCAGCUCCCAUGUCCUCCUACAUGAGCGGAUUCACACAGACGAGAGGCCCUUCCGCUGCCCCGACUGCGGGAAGGGCUUCAAGCACAACUCCGCCCUCACCACCCACCGGCGCAUCCACACUGGGGAGAGGCCCUACGAGUGUCCCCAGUGUGGGAAGAGCUUCUCCACCAGCUCUAACUUGACCCAACACCAACGGAGUCACCAGUAAGGGAAGCCCUGCGAGUGCCCCGAGUGUGGGAAGAGCUUCGUGCGCUGCUCCAGCUCCAUCCCCCAUGGGAGGAUGGGCGUUGGAUGAUCCCCAGUGACCCCCGUUGGGCAGAGCCCUGGUGAUCCGUGGUCCUGGUGAUGCGUGUUGGGAAGACACCUGGCUGGGAGGCUCCACAUCUUCCUGGCUCCCUGUGGGCACCUGGAUGAAAUCAGGGGAUGCAAGUCCAUCAGGACAGAGACCAACAAUGGGAAUUCCUUGGGGAGAGUGGAUUUGUUGACUUUCAAUCUUAGAGAACCUUUUGCUGCUGCUUCAGGAGCUCUGUGGACAGAGAAAAGGGGGUGACACCAGGCUUGGGGUCCCUGAGGAGAGCACACACACUCUGGGGGAGGGGAUAUCCCAACCUAGGGACCCCCUGUCACAUUCUUGCUCAGGUAGAAGCCAAGCCCCUGCACCAGGAAGACGAAACCCAACACGGAGUCCCCAAUCCCCGUCAGCAUCUUGCUGUGGGCAGCAUUUCAUGGCAUCCCUGGGUGGUCUGCAGAGGUCAGGACCUCCAAAACCUCUCACAGACACCUCAAGCUCCUCCAAGGACCCUCCCAGUCUCCCCCAGCCCACCCAAGACCGUCUGAAACCUCCUUUGGAGUCACUAAUUUUAAAAAAUGAAGAAUUUUAGAAAAAUUUGAGAUCUUAGCUAGAGAUAGGCCUUGCUGGAAGUAGUUAGAGUUAAUGAUGAAGUGAGAAGCAGGAUUUGAGAUAAUGAAUCUUGGACUUAGGUAAAAAAUUACUUUUCAUUGUAUGUUUGUUUAGCUGUGUUUAUAAUGAGAAAAGAGAAACUGAUAAAUGGGUUCAGGAAGAUCACAGACCUUACAU